AUGGAAAUUCUUCCAUCUUAUACAAUUUGUCAACAUUUUAAGAAAAUAAUUGAAAUAGUGGGAUUGUAUGGUGAACUGUAUCCACAUGCAUUUAAAAAUAAUCCACUAAGGAUAAGGACACUACUUUUAGAAAUAAAAAAAUGUUCUUCUGUUUUAAAAGAUGAUGCUACACUAAUUGAGAUUGAUAUUUUAAAGCUUUUGACUUACAUAAAUUUGAAUGAGGUAGAAGAAUUUCCUGUUACAUUUAUACUUGAAGCUUGUUUAAAAAUAAAUGAUAGAAGUCUUGUUGCAUUCAGUACAGAGAUUCUAAAACAGUUUCUAUCUAGGUUUGGGCUGCAUGAAGAAUUAUCUUGGGAAGUUAAUAUUUGGUUAAAAAACUUAAAAUGUUUGCAGUAUCAUCAUAAAAUGAUAACUUUUCUUGAAAAAGUAAUAGAAUUGAUAUUUUAUAAAUCAUCAUAUUUUGAAAACAUUAUCACUGAUAGCAUGAAAGAAGCAUUACAUUCAAAUACUCAGUCUGGUACUUCUAAUAAUAAUAAUAAAUUUGAUUAUACAGAAAUGAGACUGUUUAGUGUUUUAGUUCCAGCAGCUCUUGAAUCAGUUGGAAAUUUUUCAUUUGAAAAUAUAAAUG